AUGACCUCUUUCCCUACCUCCCGCAUUGGGUUGAACCUGACCCCAGCAACGGCCUCAUGGACCGUCCCCUUCGCAGCAUACUACCUUUUCCUCCAAAACCGCAUCGUGUAUCAGCGUCUAACUACCCAGACGUAUAUGGGCGAUACCAUUGAUGCGUCUAAUGGAAAUGAAGACCCGCUAUACGUCUGCACUCGUGCGCAGCAGAAUUUCAACGAGAACAUCCCGCUUACGCUCAUCAUCGCUGGACUGGCAGAACUGAACGGAGCUGACCGGAAAUAUAUCAACUACUUCCUUGGUGCUAUGCUCGCUUUCCGUAUCUCUCAUGUUGAGCUGGGCUUGAUGCGUCCAAAGUCCAUGGGUGUUGGAAGGAUUAUCGGCUACUAUGGAACCCAGGCUUCUUUGUUGACGAUGUCAGCAUAUCUGUUCUACACCGUCAAAGACUAUUUCAUGUGA